AUGCCUGUUACGAUUUCGAGCCCAAAUUAUCCAAAUUCAUUCAACAUCGGUGAUCAGUGUAUUUGGUUGCUUAAAGCUCUACCUGGUGGAUUCGUAAAUUUUCAAUUUAUUGAACAAUUUCAAUUACAAUGCGAAGACACGUGUGAUAAGUCUUAUGUAGAGGUGAAAACUGGACCUGAUUUUCGAAUUACUGGAUAUCGAUUUUGCUGUUCGAAAGCGCCACGCCAUAUAUUUCAAUCUGCUACAAAUGAAAUGUUGGUAAUAUUUCGCGGUUUUGGUGAUACAGGAAAUGGCUUUAAAGCUCAAGUUUGGUCGAAUAUAGACGAUGAGACAGUUAUAUCAGUCGUACCAACCGAAAUGACUGCAAUUCCGGAAAAAACAUUGGAGUUAACAAUUCCAACAGUUGAAAAUGUGACAAUUGCAACAACAACGACAGCAACAACAGUUACUGCUUUCACGUACGAAAGAAAAUUACGCAAAGAAGGCAAUAUCAGUAUUACAAGCGGUGCCACUACUAUAAUUCCAAUAACUACCGAUAUCAUGAUUAUUGCCAAUAUGACAACUACGCCUGCAGUAAUUGGAAGUGUCACUGAAGAUUAUAAGCAGUAUCGUACACCACCAUCACUUCCAAUCGGAAUUCAAAACUUUUGCGAAUGUGGUGAGUGGACGGAAUGGACUGGUCCAUGCACUCAAGAAUGUGGCGGUUGUGGAAAACGUCUUCGAACACGUCAGUGUUCUUCAAACACAGAAUGCAGAACGGAAGAAAAACGUGCAUGUGCUUUUAACGUUUGUCCGUAUGGGACUAAUUUUCUUAUCAACAAUGGAGAAUUUCACAUACUUUGGAAGGGUUGCUGCGUUGGUCUAUUUCGAUCAGGAGAUAGCUGUUCGGCACUUGAUGAUAGCGAGAAUCCAUUUCUGAAGCUUCUGGAAACGUUGUUAAGCGUGCAAGAUAUGCAAAAGAAUAGGAAUUUGCCCGAUUCGAAGAAACAAUAA